GGACUGGCACGAUAAGACGUCUGGGAAAGAAAUUUACUUUAUCUGGAAAUGCAGCAGCGGGUUUCGCGAUGCUUUCAAUGAUUGCACGAAGAAAGGGCAGACUGUGAGCGACGUGAAUACGAGCAAAUAAAAGGAAGGUGAACGGGAUAGAAAAAGAACAAAACAACUUGCUGCAGAUUGCUUUUGUAACCACAGCCCACUGCUGCCCUCUUCUGUUGAUUUGUUUAAGCUUUUCGUAAACAUCAAAAUACAAUUACGCAGGUAGGAUAUUUCGAAAUCAAACAGUAAUCUGUUAGGAUUCUGUCACUUUUGUUGUCAAAGUACUCUCAAAUUAAUAUCAAGAAAAUUUACCAGGAGGAACCAGGCAUAUUUGCGCCAAGUGAUAUACCAGCUCAAGCAUGAGCAGUGUCCAGUGCCGCAUAGUUACAGCGGGAAAGCUUGUAACCAGAAGUUGUCGUGUAAAUCAUGGUUCAAUCUGUUUGACCCAGCAUCGAUCGGCCUCCCAAGCAGCAGCAAGUGUUUCCGCUGCCUUAAAUGUUUCAAAUGCAUCAAUCCUUCGCAGUGCCCCUUGCUCCCCUGUCCGCUGUGUUACCACUGGAUUGAGUUCAACUCGUCUGGAACACAGCAGUGCUGGGCCAGGAGAUGGGUCCAAGAAACCAUCGGGUAGUGGCAAUAGCUCAAACUCAGCCACAACUACAUCAUCAUCAUCGAGCAGUGGCAAAGAUGGUGGUAACCAGCUGUGUUGUCCUAAGUGUGGAGAUCCAUGCACACAUGUGGAAACAUUUGUGUCUUCAACCAGAUUUGUGAAGUGUGAGAAAUGUCACCAUUUCUUUGUAGUUCUAUCAGAACUGGAUUCAAAAAAGACAUUGAAGGAGCAGCAAGGAAUGCGAGAGGACACAAAAACAGGUGUUUCAAGGAAGCCCCCUCCUCCUCCCAAAAAGAUAUUUGCCUAUUUAGACAAGCAUGUUGUUGGUCAGGAACACGCUAAAAAAGUUUUAAGUGUUGCUGUAUACAAUCAUUAUAAAAGAAUUUACAACAACAUUCCUGUUGGGAGUCAGCGCAGUGAUGCUGCUGCUUUGGAACAGUCUCCACAUCAAAAUUCUAUGAACCACAGAGACCUGCUUCAUAUAAGUGGUGUUGGCUCAUCCUCUUUUGGUAUGGGCUUCCAGCAGCAGCCUCCUCCCCAAGAGUCUGAGCCAAAGAAAAGUCAAAAUUCAAGCGCAAAUAGUGGAUCUGAUAUAUUGGACAGUAAUUCUCAUGACCUGCGUUUGGAGAAAAGCAACAUUUUGUUGCUUGGUCCCACUGGAUCAGGAAAAACACUCUUGGCCCAGACAAUUGCACAGUGCUUGGAUGUUCCCUUUGCAAUUUGUGACUGCACAACACUUACUCAAGCUGGAUAUGUAGGAGAAGAUAUUGAAAGUGUUAUUGCCAAAUUACUUCAGGAUGCUAACUACAGUGUUGAACGAGCUCAAAUGGGCAUAGUGUUCCUGGACGAGGUAGACAAAAUUGGAGCUGUCCCUGGUAUUCAUCAGCUACGAGAUGUUGGUGGUGAAGGUGUUCAGCAGGGUAUGCUGAAGAUGUUGGAAGGAACUAUUGUGAAUGUACCCGAAAGGAAUUCCCCUCGUAAACUGAGAGGAGAAACCGUUCAAGUUGAUACAACUAAUAUUCUAUUUGUAGCAUCAGGAGCAUACAAUGGUCUUGAUAGGUUGAUUAGCCGCAGGAAGAAUGAAAAAUAUUUGGGCUUUGGUAUCCCUGCAACCGAAUCACCUGGGAGGAGAGCUGCUUCCCUGGCUGAUGUUGCAAAUCAAAGUGCUGCUACAUCUGCUGAGGAGGAUAACCAAGAGAGAGAUGCGUACCUGAGACAAGUAGAAGCCCGCGACUUGAUUGAGUUUGGCAUGAUUCCAGAAUUUGUCGGUCGUUUCCCUGUAUUAGUGGCUUUCCAUUCUCUAAGCCAACAAUUACUCGUCCGUAUAUUGACUGAACCUCGAAAUGCUAUGGUUCCCCAGUAUCAGAUGCUCUUUGGCAUGGACAAGGUCGAUUUGACUUUCACACCAGAUGCACUCAAAGCCAUCGCCAAACUUGCUAUGGAGCGUAAGACAGGAGCGCGAGGGUUGCGAGCUAUCAUGGAAACCCUUCUUCUUGAACCAAUGUUCGAAAUUCCUGGAUCUGAUGUUAUCAGUGUGCAUAUAACAGAAGAUGUGGUUUUCGGCAAGAGUGAGCCGAUGUAUAUCAGGGGCAAACCAGUAUCUCAGGAUGACGAGGAGCGAGAUGUGGAUGUGCAGGCUCAGGCUCGAGCUGAGGCCAAAUAACCCACCCAUCUGUGUCUGUGUCUGCCUAUUAUGCAGGAGUCGAGUGGUGUUCCAGGGGAGCGCUCCUUUGGAGUCACCUCCACUUCUUCGUGCAGCAAGCGCGUUUGAAGCCGAUGGGUGAGACACAAGGUGUUAGGGUGAGGUGCCUUGACUUCGUCUCUAAAUUGUGGGUUUUCCUCUGUGAUAUGUGUAGCAUGAAUACAGGCAAUGGUUCCUUUAGCUUACAUUAACCCUCUAGGGUUGCUGACAUCUAUGGAAAGGAAAGCUUUCUGUCAGUUCAAUUAUGCAAAUAGGUAUCAUAAUAUGGAAUUAAUGACUACAGUUUUUAAAAAUGAAAUACAGGAUAUACUUAAGUGUGAGGCGGCUACUAUGGCUUGAUCUCUAGUGCAAUUAGAAUAAUCUUUUCCUACUUAGCAUCAAGGCUUAUAUUGUUUGUUAGAAGAUGUGUGCAUAAAAUUUGUAUUUGUGUUGGGGACAUGAGCAUCAGGAGAGGAUACAAAAAGGAAGAUACCGGUACCUUAAUCAUGUUCCCCUCAAAAACUAACAGUUACUGGCAAAUCAGUCCAGUAUGUAUAUUCUUCCUAUCCUUUCCUUUUUUUCUUUGUAUAAUAGGAAGCAAUUGUUUUGUUUGACUAUUAUUUAAUAAGUUUUACUAAUCAUUAAACUUUGGAGAAAGACUUAUGUUAAACAUGCUAAGGGUACAGGAAGUUCGUGCAUGCUUCAGUUGUGGUGAUGGAGUAUAUCUAAGUGGUAAAUAAUAAUAAACCACAAUAAUUAUUUGUUAGAGAUGGGAUGCAAUUAAUGUCAACCUUUUUUUUCCUCCUUGGGACAAACUGUCACCCUGUUUGGAAAUACUUGACCUUUUUAUUUGAUCAGACUUUGAAACAUUUUUAUUAGCUACACCCAGUUUUGACAUUUAAUAAGUAGACAGCCUGUCAAUUGGGCCCUUAAAAGUGCAAAAACUUUGUAUCUUUAUCAUGUUUUGACAUUUCUGAUGUAAAGUCAAGAACAAUGAAUUGUUAUAUUCUAUCUUUCUACUAGGACAAAAAAUUAUGAUGGUGGAGAAAAUAAACUUUGAACUCAAAUACACUGAAAAUUGUAUGAACUAA